AUGCUUGGUGGCAAAACAAUGACCAAGAUCUUUGUGUUGUUGUGUUUUCUCUUCUUAGCUACUUCUGGGUUUGUCCAUGGUUCUGACAAGAAGAAGGAUAAUAUCAGGUUAUUUGAGCUGAAGAAAGGCGAUCUUUCAAUAAAGGUCACCAACUGGGGUGCAACACUUGUGUCCCUCAUACUUCCUGAUAAAAAUGGGGUGUUGGGUGAUAUUGUUCUUGGAUAUGAUUCUCCCCAGUCUUAUACGAAUGAUUCAACAUACUUUGGAGCUACUGUUGGCCGUGUUGGUAACAGAAUUGGAGGAGCUCAGUUCACUCUCAAUGGAAUCCAUUACAAAUUAGUUGCUAACGAAGGAAACAACACACUUCAUUCUGGACCCAAAGCAUUCAGUGAUGUUCUUUGGAAUGUGGAAAGGUAUAAAAAAGAUGGUGACAGACCCAGAAUCACCUUCAGUUACCACAGUUUUGAUGGUGAAGGAGGAUUUCCUGGGGACCUGAUUGUAACUGUGAGCUACAUACUUGGGAAAAACUCACUGAGUAUAAUCAUGAAAGCAAAAGCCCUAAACAAGCCUACUCCUGUGAAUCUGUUGAACCAUGCAUACUGGAACCUAGGAAACCACAACAGUGGCAACAUUCUAGAUGAAGUGGUUCAGAUAUUUGGAUCCCAAGUGACCCUUUUGGAUGACCAUCUCAUUCCCACUGGAAAAUUUGCCUCUGUGAAGGGAACCCCAUAUGACUUCCUUGAGCCGCACACUGUUGGGGAAAGGAUCAACGAAUUGCCCAAGACCAAUGGCUACGACAUCAACUAUGUGCUUGAUGGUGCAAAAGGCAAAGAGACCAAGCUUGGAGCCAUAGUGGUGGAUAAGAAGUCAGGGAGAGUGAUGAAACUCUUCACAAAUGCUCCUGGUUUGCAGUUCUACACUGCUAAUUUUGUCCAGAAUGAGAAGGGGAAAGGGGGGUUUGUUUAUCAGCCACGUUCAGCACUGUGUUUGGAGAGUCAAGCAUUCCCUGACUCUGUGAAUCACCCUAAUUUUCCAUCAACUAUUGUGACCCCUCAAAAGCCUUACAAACAUGUCUUGUUGCUUAAGUUUUCCACCAAAAUUCCACAUGCCUUUUCACAAUUCUAA